UAAACUAAACCAAUGAAAUUAAGGAUUUGCAAGGUCACAGUUGACCGGAAGUUUACGUUAACAGAGGAAGCUAUAGCUAGCUAGUGUUUUUUCUUCUGUUCGGACCCUACAUAAAAACAUCGUAAACAUGGUUUGUGAAAAAUGUGAGAAGAAGCUUGGCAGAGUAAUCACUCCAGACACCUGGAAGGAUGGAGCUCGGAACACAACAGAAAGUGGAGGGCGUAAGUUAAACGAGAACAAGAUGUUGACGUCUAAAAAAGCCAGGUUUGACCCUUACAGCAAGACAGGCUUUGCUAUCUGCCGGAUCUGCAAGAGCUCGGUUCAUCAGGCGGGAUCUCACUACUGCCAGGGCUGCGCUUACAAGAAAGGAAUCUGUGCGAUGUGUGGAAAGAAGGUUCUGGACACCAAGAACUACAAGCAGACGUCUGUGUGACGUAGCAGGUGUCAGAGAACAUCUGCGCGAGUGUAAAUCGGACUGUGAAAGAGACGUCAGACGUGGCUUUGUCUUCUUUGUUUUAGAUUAUUGUAUCCCACCGCUGGAUCUGUUCUGUCCUGAAGCAAACACCAUUGUUUCCAAAUAGAUCACCUGUCCCUAAAGUGACUGCUUCCAGACGUGUAUAUGCCAGCAUUUUAAAUCUAGUACCUAAACUAGGUCUAUCUGCUUUUUUUUUUUUUUUUUACUUUAUGUGCAUGUAUAUAUAUACUGUGUUGAAAUAAAGCGGCCAGUUUGGCAUAAAGAUA